AUGAUGUUGCUCCCAGCGAGCGUUGUGAUUGGCCUGCUGUGCCUGAGCCACGCUGGCGGUGCUCUUGGUUUCGCCCGUCUGCUGGACGACGUUGAGCUGCGUUCGGCGUUCUCGGUGGCGCGCACCAACAGCAUGGAGGGCGGGCCCAAGAUGACCGUGACCUUUGAUGCCGUUUACGUCAACAUCGGCGGGGACUUCGACCCGAAAGCCGGUUUGUUCCGCUGCCGCAUCACCGGCGCGUACUACUUCUCCUUCACGGUGGGGAAGUUUCCCCACAAAGACCUGUCGGUGAUGCUGAUGAAGAACAGGAACGAGGUGCAGGCCAUCGUGUACGAGGAGAACGCCGGAGAGGAGAGGAAGGUGCAGAGCCAGAGCGUCAUGCUGCAGCUGGAGUUCGGCGACACCGUGUGGCUCCGUCUCCAUGGAGACCCUCGCUACGCGCUCUACAGCAACACGGGACACUACACCACCUUCAACGGUUACCUCGUCUACCCGGACACCUACAGCUUCCAGACGCACCACCACCAGCACCACCAGCCCGCCCUGGAGCCCCACCAGGACAGCCAGGCCACCGAGCACCUGAAGUCCGGAGAGAAAGAGGUGGAGGAGGAGCUAAAGCAUCGGGAGGAGGAAGAAGAAGAAGAGGAGGAGGAUGAUGAUGAAGAAGAGGACGAGCAGAGGUCGGCCUUCUCGGUGGGGCGCACCCAGAGCAUCGUGGGAGUCGACCAGACGGGCAUGCCGCAGCACCAGCCGGUCGGGUUCGACGCGGCGUUCGUCAACAUCGGCAGAGACUUCAACGUGACGGAGGGCAUGUUCACCUGCCGCGUACCCGGCGCCUACUACUUCUCCUUCAACGUGGGCAAGCUGCCGCAGAAGACGCUGUCCGUCAAGCUGAUGAAGAACCACCUGGAGGUGCAGGCGAUGAUCUACGACGACAGCCAGGGCGAGAAGGCGCUGCAGAGCCAGAGCUUGAUGCUGUCGCUGAAGCCGGGCGACACCGUCUGGCUCUACUCGCACCAGAGGGACGGCUUCGGGGCGUACAGCAACCACGCCAAGUACAUCACCUUCACCGGCUUCCUGGUUUACCCCGACUUCCCCAACACCACCAGCAGCAGCAGCAGCAGCCAAUCACACGCAGACAAGAAGCCGUAG